GAGAGAGAGAGAGAGAGAGAGAGAGAGAGCUGUUACACUGUAAGAAGUUGUAAUUGAAACUCCGCCUUUUCUCCACCGGAAAUGACUCAAAAGUGAAAGUGAAAGCAGAUAAUUUUGUGUCGAGAAAAACACGAAGCUCUUUGGAACAGAAUCGCAGAUUAAGAGUGAAGCAGAUGUAUGACUUCCUGAGAGAAUGUCGGGGGAGUGUGAGGAAAUCAGAACCACUGAAACAAGUCUGUCUGAGGGCCAAUGUAAACAACAAAGAGACAACGAGGAAAGACCAAAAUCUCCUGAAACCAGCUGUGUGUCCUUUAAGAGUGACCAGUCUAUACCACGCUUUAUCGACUUUAAAGAGGGAACAGCUUCUCAGGAGAGAGACAACGAGGAAAGACCAGAAUCUCCUGAAACCAGCUGUGUGUCCUUUAAGAGUGACCAGUCCAUACCACGCUUUAUCGACUUUAAAGAGGGAACAGCUUCUCAGGACAGAGACAACGAGGAAAGACCAGAAUCUCCUGAAACCAGCUGUGUGUCCUUUAAGAGUGACCAGUCUAUACCACGCUUUAUCGACUUUAAAGAGGGAACAGCUUCUCAGGAGAGAGACAACGAGGAAAGACCAGAAUCUCCUGAAACCAGCUGUGUGUCCUUUAAGAGUGACCAGUCUAUACCACGCUUUAUCGACUUUAAAGAGGGAACAGCUUCUCAGGACAGACAAAAUUCCCCCCCGGAUAGACAGCUAACGAAUACACCUAGCACUGACAAAACAACAGGGAUACACGCCAAGGAAAGAAAUCAUUGUGAGUCUGAAGCUACUGUGAAAACUGCCAAAUUAAAAAAGAAGAUUACAGACUUUCUCUACACCAUCUUCAAUGAUCUCGAAAAUAAAAUGACUGUAUUUAUAAAACAUGAGCUGGAGAUGUUUAAGAAAUUUCUGAGAAAAGAAAACACAAAAUAUUAUGGAGAUGUGAGGGAUGAUCUGUGGAGUAUUAAAGAAGCAACUCUUGAUAUGGCGUUAUACUUUUUGAAGAUGAUGGAUCACAGUGACCUUGCUGAUGCACUCCAAGAUGCACUAAUAGGAAUCCAGCAGCGUGCACUCAAAUCAAACCUGUGUAAGAAGUAUAAUCGUGUAUGUGAAGGAAUUGCAAAGCAAGGAGAGUCCAACAAUCUUAACAAGAUCUACACAGAUCUGUACAUCACAGCUGGUGGAAGUGGACAAAUAAAAGAAGAACAUGAGGUGAGACAAAUUGAAAAACAAAAAACGAGUGUGAAAAAUGAGGAAAGUCAGAUGGACCAAGAGGAACAAAUUGAAUGUAAGAACAUCUUCGAACCGUUAUCUGAAGAAGACAAACCCAUCAGGACUGUGGUGACGCAGGGGGUCGCUGGCAUCGGAAAAUCCAUCUGUGUGCAGAAGUUUGUUCUAGACUGGGCUGAAGGGAAAGAAUAUCAGGACAUCAAGUUCAUAUUUCCACUGCCUUUCAGAGAGCUGAACCUGAAGGAGAAGGAAGAGCGCAGUUUGAGGGAAAUCAUCUAUCAUUUUUUCCCAGAAGCAAAAGGACUGAGAUUCACAGAUAGGUAUAAAGUCAUGUUCAUCUUUGAUGGCCUGGAUGAGUGUCGACUUCCUCUGACUUUCCAUGAAAAUGAGAAGUGGACUGAUGCAUCAAUGCCAGCUUCACUGGACACUAUAGUGACAAACCUCAUUGAAGGAAACCUGCUUCCGUCUGCUCUGAUCUGGAUAACCACUCGACCAGCAGCAGCUGCUAAGAUCCCUGCUGAACAUGUGGACCGGAUCACAGAGGUGCGUGGCUUCAAUGAUGUACAAAAGGUGGAAUACUUCAGAAAGAAAAUCAGCGAUGAGAGUCUGGCCAACAGAAUCAUCGAUCAUAUUAAAGGAUCAAGAAGCCUCUUCAUCUUGUGUCAUAUUCCAGUCUUCUGCUGGAUUUCAGCUACCGUACUUGAGGGGAUUUUGGAAGGAACAGACAGUGAAGACAUUCCACAGACUCUGACGGAGAUGUACACAUGCUUUCUGAUCUUUCAGACUGUACAGGGGGACAAGAAAUACAAUAGAAAGUGUGUCUCAGAUAUUCCGUGGGAUAAAGAGGGAAUUCUUUCACUGGGAAAGCUUGCCUUUAGUCACCUGGAAAAAAACAACUUGAUAUUCUAUGCACAAGAUCUAGACGACUGUGGAAUUGACCCCAAAAACAUAACGGUGUACUCAGGAGUGUGCACUCAGGAAACGGGCAGAUUUCUAGGCACGGUUUUCAGCUUUGUGCAUCUCAGCAUUCAGGAGUUCAUUGCUGCUUUAUUUACAUACGUAAGUCACCGAAAUGAAAACAAGAAUGUUUUUGAGCAACCAGAAGAGAGUAAAGAAACAAAAGAAAUCGAUUUGCUCAAGAUUACAGUGGACAAAGCUUUGGAGAGUGAAAACGGACACUUGGAUCUUUUCCUCCGCUUCCUUCUGGGCCUGUCAUUGGAGUCUAAUCAGAAGCUCAUUCGAGGUCUGCUGACACACAAAGGAAACAGCUCUGACUGUCAGAAGGACAUAGUUGAGUACAUCAAGUUCAAGUUUGAACACAAUCCAUCUCCAGAGAGAUCCAUCAAUCUGUUCUACUGUCUGAACGAGUUACAUGAUGAUUCACUAGUGAAAGAGAUCCAAAGCUACAUGAGCUCAGGACGUCUCUCUGAAGCUGAACUCUCACCUGCUCAGUGGUCUGCUCUGGUCUUUGUGCUGCUGACAUCAGAGGAGGAUCUGGAAGUGUUUGAGCUACAGAAGUUCAUAAAGUCAGAUGAAUGCUUUAAGAGACUGCUACCAGUCGUCCGGGAAGCCACAACAGCUCUGCUCAGUGAGUGUAACCUGACGGAGAGAAGCUGCUCGGCCUUACACACAGUUCUCAGCUCAGAAUCCUCCAAGCUGACUGAGGUGGAUCUGAGCAGUAAUCCUCUGGAGGACUCAGGAGUGAAGCUGCUUUGUGCUGGACUGAAGAGUCCAAACUGUAACCUGCAGAAACUGAGACUUCCAGAUUGUAAUAUAACAGGAGAAGGAUACGCUGCUCUGGCUGAAGCUCUGAAAUCAUCACACCUGAUAGAGCUGGAUCUCAGAGGGAACGACCCUGGAGCAUCAGGAGUGAAGCUGCUCACUGACGUACUACAGGAUCCACACUGUACACUGGAGACACUGAGGCUGCUGAAAAGUGCUGAUGUAGAGAAGGCCUGUGAUUUUCUGAAUGAGGUUCUGGGUAAAAACCCCUUACUGCAGAGAGAACUGGAUCUGAGUGGAAAAAUAAAAGGAGAUUCAGGAGUGAAGCAGCUCUCUGUUCUACUGGAGGAUUCACACUGCAUACCUGAGAAACUUAUGCUAAAGAACUGUGGUAUUACAGAAAAAGGCUGUUCUUCUUUGACCUCAUCUUUUCAAUUAAAUCCUGUACACAUAAAAGAGCUGGAUCUGAGUGAAAAUAAACUUAGAAACUCUGGAGUGCAGAAGCUUUGUGCACUGCUGAAACAUCAGCCCUGUAACCUGCAGAUACUGAGACUUUCAGACUGCAGUAUAAAAGAGGAAGGAUACGCUGCUCUGGCUGAAGCUCUGAAAUCAUCACACCUGAUAGAGCUGGAUCUCAGAGGGAACGACCCUGGAGCAUCAGGAGUGAAGCUGCUCACUGAUGUACUACAGGAUCCACACUGUACACUGGAGACACUGAGACUGUUGAAAAGUGCUGAUGCAGAGAAGGCCUGUGAUUUUCUGACUGAGGUGCUGGGUACAACCCCCUUACUGCAGAGAGAACUGGAUCUGAGUGGGAAAAUAUCUGGAGACUCAAGAGUGAAGCAGCUCUCUGCUCUACUGAAGGAUCCACACUGCAGACCUGAGAAACUUACACUUACUGAAUGUGGACUAAUGAUGGAAAGCUGUCAAUCUCUGGCUGAAGUUCUCAGUUCACCCCCCUGUUUUCUAACUGAAUUGGACUUGAGUAACAACAACCUACAGAAUUCAGGCGUCCAGCAAUUAUCUGAAGGACUGAAGAAUCAAAGCUGUGUUCUGAAGAUAUUAAGACUUUCAGACUGCAGUAUAACAGAGGAAGGAUACGCUGCUCUGGCUGAAGCUCUGAAAUCAUCACACCUGAUAGAGCUGGAUCUCAGAGGGAACGACCCUGGAGCAUCAGGAGUGAAGCUGCUCACUGAUGUACUACAGGAUCCACACUGUACACUGGAGACACUGAGUUUGUUGAAAAGUCCUGCUGCACAAGAGGCCUGUACCUGGCUAGAUUCUGUUUUAGGUAAAAAUUGUUUACUCCAGAAAGAGCUGGAUCUGAGCAUGAAGGAAACAGGAGACUCGGGAGUGGAGAAGCUCUCGGCUCUACUGGAAGACUCACAUUGUAAAUUUCAGAAAAUUAGGCUGAAUAAAUGUAAUCUGACUGAGGAGAGCUGUUCAGCUUUAGCCAGCGUUCUCAACUUAAAGUCCUGUAGUGUGAGAGAGCUGGACCUGAGCAACAACAGUCUGCAGGAUUCAGGAGUCACUCGGCUUUCUGCUGGACUGAAGAGUCCUCAGUGUAAACUGGAGAUUCUGAGGCUCAAAACAUGUCUCAUAACUGCUGGAAGCUGUUCAGCUCUUGCGGAAGUUCUCAACUCUGAGUAUUCCCAGCUGAGAGAGCUGGACCUGAGCAACAACAGUCUGCAGGAUUCAGGAGUCACUCAGCUUUCUGCUGGACUGAAGACUCCACAGUCUCGACUCACAAUAAUCAGACUGUGUAACUGCAGUGUAGAAGCUGAAGGCUGUGCUGCUUUGGCUACAGCUCUGGAAGAAAACCCCUCACAUCUCUUGGAGCUGGAUCUGAGCGAGAAUAAAGCAGGAGACUCGGGAAUGAAGCAGAUCUCUAAUCUACUACAGAAUUCACUCUGUGUCCUACAAAAACUCAAUGUAACUGACAAUAAUAUAACAGAGGAAGGAUACGCUGCUCUGGCUGAAGCUCUGAAAUCAUCACACCUGAUAGAGCUGGAUCUCAGAGGGAACGACCCUGGAGCAUCAGGAGUGAAGCUGCUCACUGAUGUACUACAGGAUCCACACUGUACACUGGAGACACUGAGGUUGUUGAAAAGUCCUGCUGCACAGGAAGGCUAUGAGUUACUUUAUAGAGUUCUGAAUAAGAACCCCUUGCUGCAGAGAGAACUCGAUGUGAGUGAGAAAAUAAACGGAGACUCUGAGGUGAAGCAGCUCUCUGCUCUACUGCAGGAUUCACACUGCAGACCUGAGAUACUCAAGGUAAAUAACGUCAGGAUGAGAAAUGAAGGUUGUGCAGCUCUGGCAUCAGCGCUGAGUUUAAACCCCUCACACCUGAGACAGCUGGAGCUGAGUGGGAAUACACUGAGAGGAUCAGGAAUGAAGGAGCUCUGUGGUGUGCUGAAGAAUCAACAAUUCAAACUGCUGAAACUGGGGUUGUGUAAGUGCAGUCUCACUGAGGAAGAUUGUGCUGCUGUUGUAUCAGCUCUGAGAACAAACCCCUCACUCCUCAAGGAGCUGGACCUGAGUGAGAACACAAUUGGAAACACAGGAGUGAAGGAGCUCUCGGAUCUACUGCAGAACCCAAACUGCACUCUGGAGAAACUGAAACUGAGUAAAUGUAGUCUCACCCAAACACAAUGUGGAGACCUGGCUAAGGCUCUGGAAUGUAACUCCUCAUCACAUCUGAAAGAGCUGGACCUCAGAGGGAACUACAGUGUGUCAAGAUGGAAUAUUUUUAGUUAUGUUCUAGGGAAUUCAAACUCUAAACUGAUUGUGAGAAUCUUGAGUCCUGAAGCAGAAAAGGCCUGUGAUUUUCUGACUGAAGUUCUGGGUACAAACCCCUUACUGCAGAGAGAACUGGAUCUGAGUGGGAAAAUAUCCGGAGACUCAGAGGUGAAGCAGCUCUCUGUUCUACUGAAGGAUCGGCAGUGUAGAACUGAGAAACUCAGGCUGAGUAAGAGCGGUAUUACAGAGAGAGGCUGUACUGAUCUGAUAUCAGCUCUUACUGCAAACCCUUCACACCUGACAGAGCUGGACCUGAGUGAGAACACACUGGGAAAUCCAGGAGUGGAGAAGAUCUCUACUCUACUAAAGAGUUCAUCCUGCAAACUCCAGAAGCUUGUGCUCAGUGAGUGUAAUCUGACAGAGAAAGGAUGUUCAGCUCUGCUCACAGCUCUCAGAUCAGAAUCCUCCACCCUGAGGGAGCUGAAUCUGAGUAAGAACAGGAUUCAGGAUUCAGGAGUGAAGCUGCUCUCUGCAGAACUGAAGAAUAAAGACUGUAAACUGGAGACUGUGAGACUUUCAGACUGUAAUAUAACAGAGAAAGGAUACACUGCUCUGACUAAAGCUCUGAAGUCAAACCGCUCAUCACACCUGAUGAACCUGGACCUCAGAGGGAACGACCCUGGAGACUCAGGAAUGACGGAGAUUAGGAGUUUGAUGAAUGAUACAGAAUGUAAACUGACACUGAGGUUGCUGAAAAGUCCUGAUGCACAGAAAGCUUGUGAUCAUCUGAGUGAAGUUCUGGGUCUAAACCCGAUACUGCAGACGGAUCUGGAUCUGAGUGGGAAAAUAGAAGGAGACUCAGGAGUAGAGCAACUCUCUGCUUUACUGAAGGAUCCACACUGCAGACCUGAAAAACUUCAGCUCAGUGAGUGUAAUCUGACAGAGAAAGGAUGUUCAGCUCUGCUCACAGCUCUCAGAUCAGAAUCCUCCACCCUGAGGGAGCUGAAUCUGAGUAAGAACAGGAUUCAGGAUUCAGGAGUGAAGCUGCUCUCUGCAGUACUGAAGAAUAAAGACUGUAAACUGGAGACUGUGAGACUUUCAGACUGCAGUAUAACACAGGAAGGAUACGCUGCUCUGGCUGAAGCUCUGAAAUCAUCACACCUGAUAGAGCUGGAUCUCAGAGGGAACGACCCUGGAGCAUCAGGAGUGAAGCUGCUCACUGAUGUACUACAGGAUCCACACUGUACACUGGAGACACUGAGGUUGUUGAAAAGUCCUGCUGCACAGGAAGGCUAUGAGUUACUUUAUAGAGUUCUGAAUAAGAACCCCUUGCUGCAGAGAGAACUCGAUGUGAGUGAGAAAAUAAACGGAGACUCUGAGGUGAAGCAGCUCUCUGCUCUACUGCAGGAUUCACACUGCAGACCUGAGAUACUCAAGGUAAAUAACGUCAGGAUGAGAAAUGAAGGUUGUGCUGCUCUGGCAUCAGCGCUGAGUUUAAACCCCUCACACCUGAGACAGCUGGAGCUGAGUGGGAAUACACUGAGAGGAUCAGGAAUGAAGGAGCUCUGUGGUGUGCUGAAGAAUCAACAAUUCAAACUGCUGAAACUGGGGUUGUGUAAGUGCAGUCUCACUGAGGAAGAUUGUGCUGCUGUUGUAUCAGCUCUGAGAGCAAACCCCUCACUCCUCAAGGAGCUGGACCUGAGUGAGAACACAAUUGGAAACACAGGAGUGAAGGAGCUCUCGGAUCUACUGCAGAACCCAAACUGCACUCUGGAGAUACUGAAACUGAGUAAAUGUAGUCUCACCCAAACACAAUGUGGAGACCUGGCUAAGGCUCUGGAAUGUAACUCCUCAUCACAUCUGAAAGAGCUGGACCUCAGAGGGAACUACAGUGUGUCAAGAUGGAAUAUUUUUAGUUAUGUUCUAGGGAAUUCAAACUCUAAACUGAUUGUGAGAAUCUUGGGUCCUGAAGCAGAAAAGGCCUGUGAUUUUCUGACUGAAGUUCUGGGUACAAACCCCUUACUGCAGAGAGAACUGGAUCUGAGUGGGAAAAUAUCCGGAGACUCAGAGGUGAAGCAGCUCUCUGUUCUACUGAAGGAUCGGCAGUGUAGAACUGAGAAACUCAGGCUGAGUAAGAGCGGUAUUACAGAGAGAGGCUGUACUGAUCUGAUAUCAGCUCUUACUGCAAACCCUUCACACCUGACAGAGCUGGACCUGAGUGAGAACACACUGGGAAAUCCAGGAGUGGAGAAGAUCUCUACUCUACUAAAGAGUUCAUCCUGCAAACUCCAGAAGCUUGUACUUUCAGACUGUAAUAUAACAGAGAAAGGAUACACUGCUCUGACUAAAGCUCUGAAGUCAAACCGCUCAUCACACCUGAUGAACCUGGACCUCAGAGGGAACGACCCUGGAGACUCAGGAAUGACGGAGAUUAGGAGUUUGAUGAAUGAUACAGAAUGUAAACUGACACUGAGGUUGCUGAAAAGUCCUGAUGCACAGAAAGCUUAUGAUCAUCUGAGUGAAGUUCUGGGUAUAAACCCGAUACUGCAGACGGAUCUGGAUCUGAGUGGGAAAAUAGAAGGAGACUCAGGAGUAGAGCAACUCUCUGCUUUACUGAAGGAUCCACACUGCAGACCUGAAAAACUUCAGCUCAGUGAGUGUAAUCUGACAGAGAAAGGAUGUUCAGCUCUGCUCACAGCUCUCAGAUCAGAAUCCUCCACCCUGCGGGAGCUGAAUCUGAGUAAGAACAGGAUUCAGGAUUCAGGAGUGAAGCUGCUCUCUGCAGAACUGAAGAAUAAAGACUGUAAACUGGAGACUGUGAGACUUUCAGACUGCAGUAUAACAGAGGAAGGAUACGCUGCUCUGGCUGAAGCUCUGAAAUCAUCACACCUGAUAGAGCUGGAUCUCAGAGGGAACGACCCUGGAGCAUCAGGAGUGAAGCUGCUCACUGAUGUACUACAGGAUCCACACUGUACACUGGAGACACUGAGUUUGUUGAAAAGUCCUGCUGCACAAGAGGCCUGUACCUGGCUAGAUUUAGUUUUAGGUAAAAAUUGUUUACUCCAGAAAGAGCUGGAUCUGAGCAUGAAGGAAACAGGAGACUCGGGAGUGGAGAAGCUCUCGGCUCUACUGGAAGACUCACAUUGUAAAUUUCAGAAAAUUAGGCUGAAUAAAUGUAAUCUGACUGAGGAGAGCUGUUCAGCUUUAGCCAGCGUUCUCAACUUAAAGUCCUGUAGUGUGAGAGAGCUGGACCUGAGCAACAACAGUCUGCAGGAUUCAGGAGUCACUCGGCUUUCUGCUGGACUGAACAGUCCUCAGUGUAAACUGGAGAUUCUGAGGCUCAAAACAUGUCUCAUAACUGCUGGAAGCUGUUCAGCUCUUGCGGAAGUUCUCAACUCUGAGUAUUCCCAGCUGAGAGAGCUGGACCUGAGCAACAACAGUCUGCAGGAUUCAGGAGUCACUCAGCUUUCUGCUGGACUGAAGACUCCACAGUCUCGACUCACAAUAAUCAGACUGUGUAACUGCAGUGUAGAAGCUGAAGGCUGUGCUGCUUUGGCUACAGCUCUGGAAGAAAACCCCUCACAUCUCUUGGAGCUGGAUCUGAGCGAGAAUAAAGCAGGAGACUCGGGAAUGAAGCAGAUCUCUAAUCUACUACAGAAUUCACUCUGUGUCCUACAAAAACUCAAUGUAACUGACAAUAAUAUAACAGAGGAAGGAUACGCUGCUCUGGCUGAAGCUCUGAAAUCAUCACACCUGAUAGAGCUGGAUCUCAGAGGGAACGACCCUGGAGCAUCAGGAGUGAAGCUGCUCACUGAUGUACUACAGGAUCCACACUGUACACUGGAGACACUGAGGUUGUUGAAAAGUCCUGCUGCACAGGAAGGCUAUGCGUUACUUUAUAGAGUUCUGAAUAAGAACCCCUUGCUGCAGAGAGAACUCGAUGUGAGUGAGAAAAUAAACGGAGACUCUCGGGUGAAGCAGCUCUCUGCUCUACUGCAGGAUUCACACUGCAGACCUGAGAUACUCAAGGUAAAUAACGUCAGGAUGAGAAAUGAAGGUUGUGCUGCUCUGGCAUCAGCGCUGAGUUUAAACCCCUCACACCUGAGACAGCUGGAGCUGAGUGGGAAUACACUGAGAGGAUCAGGAAUGAAGGAGCUCUGUGGUGUGCUGAAGAAUCAACAAUUCAAACUGCUGAAACUGGGGUUGUGUAAGUGCAGUCUCACUGAGGAAGAUUGUGCUGCUGUUGUAUCAGCUCUGAGAACAAACCCCUCACUCCUCAAGGAGCUGGACCUGAGUGAGAACACAAUUGGAAACACAGGAGUGAAGGAGCUCUCGGAUCUACUGCAGAACCCAAACUGCACUCUGGAGAAACUGAAACUGAGUAAAUGUAGUCUCACCCAAACACAAUGUGGAGACCUGGCUAAGGCUCUGGAAUGUAACUCCUCAUCACAUCUGAAAGAGCUGGACCUCAGAGGGAACUACAGUGUGUCAAGAUGGAAUAUUUUUAGUUAUGUUCUAGGGAAUUCAAACUCUAAACUGAUUGUGAGAAUCUUGGGUCCUGAAGCAGAAAAGGCCUGUGAUUUUCUGACUGAAGUUCUGGGUACAAACCCCUUACUGCAGAGAGAACUGGAUCUGAGUGGGAAAAUAUCCGGAGACUCAGAGGUGCAGCAGCUCUCUGUUCUACUGAAGGAUCGGCAGUGUAGAACUGAGAAACUCAGGCUGAGUAAGAGCGGUAUUACAGAGAGAGGCUGUACUGAUCUGAUAUCAGCUCUUACUGCAAACCCUUCACACCUGACAGAGCUGGACCUGAGUGAGAACACACUGGGAAAUCCAGGAGUGGAGAAGAUCUCUACUCUACUAAAGAGUUCAUCCUGCAAACUCCAGAAGCUUGUGCUCAGUGAGUGUAAUCUGACAGAGAAAGGAUGUUCAGCUCUGCUCACAGCUCUCAGAUCAGAAUCCUCCACCCUGAGGGAGCUGAAUCUGAGUAAGAACAGGAUUCAGGAUUCAGGAGUGAAGCUGCUCUCUGCAGAACUGAAGAAUAAAGACUGUAAACUGGAGACUGUGAGACUUUCAGACUGUAAUAUAACAGAGAAAGGAUACACUGCUCUGACUAAAGCUCUGAAGUCAAACCGCUCAUCACACCUGAUGAACCUGGACCUCAGAGGGAACGACCCUGGAGACUCAGGAAUGAAGGAGAUUAGGAGUUUGAUGAAUGAUACAGAAUGUAAACUGACACUGAGGUUGCUGAAAAGUCCUGAUGCACAGAAAGCUUGUGAUCAUCUGAGUGAAGUUCUGGGUCUAAACCCGAUACUGCAGACGGAUCUGGAUCUGAGUGGGAAAAUAGAAGGAGACUCAGGAGUAGAGCAACUCUCUGCUUUACUGAAGGAUCCACACUGCAGACCUGAAAAACUUCAGCUCAGUGAGUGUAAUCUGACAGAGAAAGGAUGUUCAGCUCUGCUCACAGCUCUCAGAUCAGAAUCCUCCACCCUGAGGGAGCUGAAUCUGAGUAAGAACAGGAUUCAGGAUUCAGGAGUGAAGCUGCUCUCUGCAGUACUGAAGAAUAAAGACUGUAAACUGGAGACUGUGAGACUUUCAGACUGCAGUAUAACACAGGAAGGAUACGCUGCUCUGGCUGAAGCUCUGAAAUCAUCACACCUGAUAGAGCUGGAUCUCAGAGGGAACGACCCUGGAGCAUCAGGAGUGAAGCUGCUCACUGAUGUACUACAGGAUCCACACUGUACACUGGAGACACUGAGGUUGUUGAAAAGUCCUGCUGCACAGGAAGGCUAUGAGUUACUUUAUAGAGUUCUGAAUAAGAACCCCUUGCUGCAGAGAGAACUCGAUGUGAGUGAGAAAAUAAACGGAGACUCUCGGGUGAAGCAGCUCUCUGCUCUACUGCAGGAUUCACACUGCAGACCUGAGAUACUCAAGGUAAAUAACGUCAGGAUGAGAAAUGAAGGUUGUGCUGCUCUGGCAUCAGCGCUGAGUUUAAACCCCUCACACCUGAGACAGCUGGAGCUGAGUGGGAAUACACUGAGAGGAUCAGGAAUGAAGGAGCUCUGUGGUGUGCUGAAGAAUCAACAAUUCAAACUGCUGAAACUGGGGUUGUGUAAGUGCAGUCUCACUGAGGAAGAUUGUGCUGCUGUUGUAUCAGCUCUGAGAACAAACCCCUCACUCCUCAAGGAGCUGGACCUGAGUGAGAACACAAUUGGAAACACAGGAGUGAAGGAGCUCUCGGAUCUACUGCAGAACCCAAACUGCACUCUGGAGAAACUGAAACUGAGUAAAUGUAGUCUCACCCAAACACAAUGUGGAGACCUGGCUAAGGCUCUGGAAUGUAACUCCUCAUCACAUCUGAAAGAGCUGGACCUCAGAGGGAACUACAGUGUGUCAAGAUGGAAUAUUUUUAGUUAUGUUCUAGGGAAUUCAAACUCUAAACUGAUUGUGAGAAUCUUGGGUCCUGAAGCAGAAAAGGCCUGUGAUUUUCUGACUGAAGUUCUGGGUACAAACCCCUUACUGCAGAGAGAACUGGAUCUGAGUGGGAAAAUAUCCGGAGACUCAGAGGUGAAGCAGCUCUCUGUUCUACUGAAGGAUCGGCAGUGUAGAACUGAGAAACUCAGGCUGAGUAAGAGCGGUAUUACAGAGAGAGGCUGUACUGAUCUGAUAUCAGCUCUUACUGCAAACCCUUCACACCUGACAGAGCUGGACCUGAGUGAGAACACACUGGGAAAUCCAGGAGUGGAGAAGAUCUCUACUCUACUAAAGAGUUCAUCCUGCAAACUCCAGAAGCUUGUACUUUCAGACUGUAAUAUAACAGAGAAAGGAUACACUGCUCUGACUAAAGCUCUGAAGUCAAACCGCUCAUCACACCUGAUGAACCUGGACCUCAGAGGGAACGACCCUGGAGACUCAGGAAUGACGGAGAUUAGGAGUUUGAUGAAUGAUACAGAAUGUAAACUGACACUGAGGUUGCUGAAAAGUCCUGAUGCACAGAAAGCUUGUGAUCAUCUGAGUGAAGUUCUGGGUAUAAACCUGAUACUGCAGACGGAUCUGGAUCUGAGUGGGAAAAUAGAAGGAGACUCAGGAGUAGAGCAACUCUCUGCUUUACUGAAGGAUCCACACUGCAGACCUGAAAAACUUCAGCUCAGUGAGUGUAAUCUGACAGAGAAAGGAUGUUCAGCUCUGCUCACAGCUCUCAGAUCAGAAUCCUCCACCCUGAGGGAGCUGAAUCUGAGUAAGAACAGGAUUCAGGAUUCAGGAGUGAAGCUACUCUCUGCAGUACUGAAGAAUAAAGACUGUAAACUGGAGACUGUGAGACUUUCAGACUGCAGUAUAACAGAGGAAGGAUACGCUGCUCUGGCUGAAGCUCUGAAAUCAUCACACCUGAUAGAGCUGGAUCUCAGAGGGAACGACCCUGGAGCAUCAGGAGUGAAGCUGCUCACUGAUGUACUACAGGAUCCACACUGUACACUGGAGACACUGAGUUUGUUGAAAAGUCCUGCUGCACAAGAGGCCUGUACCUGGCUAGAUUUAGUUUUAGGUAAAAAUUGUUUACUCCAGAAAGAGCUGGAUCUGAGCAUGAAGGAAACAGGAGACUCGGGAGUGGAGAAGCUCUCGGCUCUACUGGAAGACUCACAUUGUAAAUUUCAGAAAAUUAGGCUGAAUAAAUGUAACCUGACUGAGGAGAGCUGUUCAGCUUUAGCCAGCGUUCUCAACUUAAAGUCCUGUAGUGUGAGAGAGCUGGACCUGAGCAACAACAGUCUGCAGGAUUCAGGAGUCACUCGGCUUUCUGCUGGACUGAAGAGUCCUCAGUGUAAACUGGAGAUUCUGACGCUUAGCAUGUGUGGUUUAUUGGAGGAAAGCUGUUCAGCUCUAGCUGAAGUUCUAAAGUAUUCCCAGCUGAGAGAGCUGGACCUGAGCAACAACAGUCUGCAGGAUUCAGGAGUCACUCGGCUUUCUGCUGGACUGAAGAGUCCUCAGUGUAAACUGGAGAUUCUGAGGCUCAAAACAUGUCUCAUAACUGCUGGAAGCUGUUCAGCUCUUGCGGAAGUUCUCAACUCUGAGUAUUCCCAGCUGAGAGAGCUGGACCUGAGCAACAACAGUCUGCAGGAUUCAGGAGUCACUCGGCUUUCUGCUGGACUGAAGACUCCACAGUCUCGACUCACAAUAAUCAGACUGUGUAACUGCAGUGUAGAAGCUGAAGGCUGUGCUGCUUUGGCUACAGCUCUGGAAGAAAACCCCUCACAUCUCUUGGAGCUGGAUCUGAGCGAGAAUAAAGCAGGAGACUCGGGAAUGAAGCAGAUCUCUAAUCUACUACAGAAUUCACUCUGUGUCCUACAAAAACUCAAUGUAACUGACAAUAAUAUAACAGAGGAAGGAUACGCUGCUCUGGCUGAAGCUCUGAAAUCAUCACACCUGAUAGAGCUGGAUCUCAGAGGGAACGACCCUGGAGCAUCAGGAGUGAAGCUGCUCACUGAUGUACUACAGGAUCCACACUGUACACUGGAGACACUGAGGUUGUUGAAAAGUCCUGCUGCACAGGAAGGCUAUGCGUUACUUUAUAGAGUUCUGAAUAAGAACCCCUUGCUGCAGAGAGAACUCGAUGUGAGUGAGAAAAUAAACGGAGACUCUGAGGUGAAGCAGCUCUCUGCUCUACUGCAGGAUUCACACUGCAGACCUGAGAUACUCAAGUUGUGUAAGUGCAGUCUCACUGAGGAAGAUUGUGCUGCUGUUGUAUCAGCUCUGAGAACAAACCCCUCACUCCUCAAGGAGCUGGACCUGAGUGAGAACACAAUUGGAAACACAGGAGUGAAGGAGCUCUCGGAUCUACUGCAGAACCCAAACUGCACUCUGGAGAAACUGAAACUGAGUAAAUGUAGUCUCACCCAAACACAAUGUGGAGACCUGGCUAAGGCUCUGGAAUGUAACUCCUCAUCACAUCUGAAAGAGCUGGACCUCAGAGGGAACUACAGUGUGUCAAGAUGGAAUAUUUUUAGUUAUGUUCUAGGGAAUUCAAACUCUAAACUGAUUGUGAGAAUCUUGAGUCCUGAAGCAGAGAAAGCCUGUGAUUUUUUGACUGAAGUUCUGGGUACAAACCCCUUACUGCAGAGAGAACUGGAUCUGAGUGGGAAAAUAUCCGGAGACUCAGAGGUGAAGCAGCUCUCUGUUCUACUGAAGGAUCGGCAGUGUAGAACUGAGAAACUCAGGCUGAGUAAGAGCGGUAUUACAGAGAGAGGCUGUACUGAUCUGAUAUCAGCUCUUACUGCAAACCCUUCACACCUGACAGAGCUGGACCUGAGUGAGAACACACUGGGAAAUCCAGGAGUGGAGAAGAUCUCUACUCUACUAAAGAGUUCAUCCUGCAAACUCCAGAAGCUUGUGCUCAGUGAGUGUAAUCUGACAGAGAAAGGAUGUUCAGCUCUGCUCACAGCUCUCAGAUCAGAAUCCUCCACCCUGAGGGAGCUGAAUCUGAGUAAGAACAGGAUUCAGGAUUCAGGAGUGAAGCUGCUCUCUGCAGAACUGAAGAAUAAAGACUGUAAACUGGAGACUGUGAGACUUUCAGACUGUAAUAUAACAGAGAAAGGAUACACUGCUCUGACUAAAGCUCUGAAGUCAAACCGCUCAUCACACCUGAUGAACCUGGACCUCAGAGGGAACGACCCUGGAGCAUCAGGAAUGAAGGAGAUUAGGAGUUUGAUGAAUGAUACAGAAUGUAAACUGACACUGAGGUUGCUGAAAAGUCCUGAUGCACAGAAAGCUUAUGAUCAUCUGAGUGAAGUUCUGGGUAUAAACCCGAUACUGCAGACGGAUCUGGAUCUGAGUGGGAAAAUAGAAGGAGACUCAGGAGUAGAGCAACUCUCUGCUUUACUGAAGGAUCCACACUGCAGACCUGAAAAACUUCAGCUCAGUGAGUGUAAUCUGACAGAGAAAGGAUGUUCAGCUCUGCUCACAGCUCUCAGAUCAGAAUCCUCCACCCUGAGGGAGCUGAAUCUGAGUAAGAACAGGAUUCAGGAUUCAGGAGUGAAGCUGCUCUCUGCAGUACUGAAGAAUAAAGACUGUAAACUGGAGACUGUGAGACUUUCAGACUGCAGUAUAACAGAGGAAGGAUACAGCGCUCUGGCUGAAGCUCUGAGACUGAACUCCUCAUCAUGCCUGAAAGAGCUGGAUCUCAGAGGGAACGACCCUGGAGCAUCAGGAGUGAAACUACUCACUGAUUACAAAGCUAACAAACUGACACUGAGGUUGUUGAAAAGUGCUGAUGCAGAGGAAGCCUACACGUGUCUUAAUAAAAUUGUAGGUAAAAACCCCUUACUGCACACGGAGCUGGAUCUGAGCAACAAAAAACCAAAAGACGUCAAAGUGAAGCAUCUCUCGGCUCUGCUGCAGGAUCCACAUUACAGACUGCAGAAACUCACGUUGUAUAAAGAAGGCAGUAUAACAGAAGAUGACUGGUCACAUCUGACUUCUGCUCUGGUUUUAAAUCCUUCACACCUGAGAGAGUUGGAUCUGAACAGGAAUAAAGCAGGAGAGUCUGGAGUGAGAAAUCUGUGUGACUUCCUGAAGAAUCCUAAAUGUAACCUGCAGAAACUAAAAUUAUGGAGGAGUGUAAAUGAGAAAUCCUGCACUGAUUUGGCUUCAGCUCUCUGUACAAAUCCAUCACACAUCAGAGAGCUGAAUCUGAGUGGGAGUGAACUAGGAGACUCAGGAGUGGAGAAGCUCUGUGAUCUACUGAAGAAACACGAGUGUAAACUGGAGACACUGAUAUUAUGGAACAGUGUAAAUGAGAAAUCCUGCACUGAUUUGGUUUCAGCUCUCUGUACAAAUCCAUCACACAUCAGAGAGCUGGAUCUGAGUUGGUGUAAACUAGGAGACUCAGGAGUGGAGAAGCUCUGUGAUCUACUGAAGAAACACGAGUGUAAACUGGAGACACUGCGACUUUCAGACUGCAGUAUAACAGAGGAAGGAUACGCUGCUCUGGCUGAAGCUCUGAAAUCAUCACACCUGAUAGAGCUGGAUCUCAGAGGGAACGACCCUGGAGCAUCAGGAGUGAAGCUGCUCACUGAUGUACUACAGGAUCCACACUGUACACUGGGGACAUUGAGACUGUUGAAAAGUCCUGAAGCAGAGGAAGCCUGUAAAUAUCUGACUGAAGUUUUAGGUACAACCCCCUUACUGCAGAAAGAACUGGAUCUGAGUGGAAAAAUAUCUGGAGACUCAAGAGUGAAGCAGCUCUCUGUUCUACUGAAGGAUCCACACUGCAGACCUGAGAAACUUACACUUUCAGACUGCAGUAUAACAGAGGAAGGAUACGCUGCUCUGGCUGAAGCUCUGAAAUCAUCACACCUGAUAGAGCUGGAUCUCAGAGGGAACGACCCUGGAGCAUCAGGAGUGAAGCUGCUCACUGAUGUACUACAGGAUCCACACUGUACACUGGAGACACUGAGGUUGUUGAAAAGUCGUGCUGCACAGGAAGGCUAUGAGUUACUUUAUAGAGUUCUGAAUAAGAACCCCUUGCUGCAGAGAGAACUCGAUGUGAGUGAGAAAAUAAACGGAGACUCUGAGGUGAAGCAGCUCUCUGCUCUACUGCAGGAUUCACACUGCAGACCUGAGAUACUCAAGUUGUGUAAGUGCAGUCUCACUGAGGAAGAUUGUGCUGCUGUUGUAUCAGCUCUGAGAACAAACCCCUCACUCCUCAAGGAGCUGGACCUGAGUGAGAACACAAUUGGAAACACAGGAGUGAAGGAGCUCUCGGAUCUACUGCAGAACCCAAACUGCACUCUGGAGAUACUGAAACUGAGUAAAUGUAGUCUCACCCAAACACAAUGUGGAGACCUGGCUAAGGCUCUGGAAUGUAACUCCUCAUCACAUCUGAAAGAGCUGGACCUCAGAGGGAACUACAGUGUGUCAAGAUGGAAUAUUUUUAGUUAUUUUCUAGGGAAUUCAAACUCUAAACUGAUUGUGAGAAUCUUGGGUCCUGAAGCAGAAAAGGCCUGUGAUUUUCUGACUAAAGUUCUGGGUACAAACCCCUUACUGCAGAGAGAACUGGAUCUGAGUGGGAAAAUAUCCGGAGACUCAGAGGUGCAGCAGCUCUCUGUUCUACUGAAGGAUCGGCAGUGUAGAACUGAGAAACUCAGGCUGAGUAAGAGCGGUAUUACAGAGAGAGGCUGUACUGAUCUGAUAUCAGCUCUUACUGCAAACCCUUCACACCUGACAGAGCUGGACCUGAGUGAGAACACACUGGGAAAUCCAGGAGUGGAGAAGAUCUCUACUCUACUAAAGAGUUCAUCCUGCAAACUCCAGAAGCUUGUGCUCAGUGAGUGUAAUCUGACAGAGAAAGGAUGUUCAGCUCUGCUCACAGCUCUCAGAUCAGAAUCCUCCACCCUGAGGGAGCUGAAUCUGAGUAAGAACAGGAUUCAGGAUUCAGGAGUGAAGCUGCUCUCUGCAGUACUGAAGAAUAAAGACUGUAAACUGGAGACUGUGAGACUUUCAGACUGUAAUAUAACAGAGAAAGGAUACACUGCUCUGGCUAAAGCUCUGAAGUCAAACCGCUCAUCACACCUGAUGAACCUGGACCUCAGAGGGAACGACCCUGGAGCAUCAGGAAUGAAGGAGAUUAGGAGUUUGAUGAAUGAUACAGAAUGUAAACUGGCACUGAGGUUGCUGAAAAGUCCUGAUGCACAGAAAGCUUAUGAUCAUCUGAGAGAAGUUCUGGGUAUAAACCCGAUACUGCAGACGGAUCUGGAUCUGAGUGGGAAAAUAGAAGGAGACUCGGGAGUAGAGCAACUCUCUGCUUUACUGAAGGAUCCACACUGCAGACCUGAAAAACUUCAGCUCAGUGAGUGUAAUCUGACAGAGAAAGGAUGUUCAGCUCUGCUCACAGCUCUCAGAUCAGAAUCCUCCACCCUGAGGGAGCUGAAUCUGAGUAAGAACAGGAUUCAGGAUUCAGGAGUGAAGCUGCUCUCUGCAGUGCUGAAGAAUAAAGACUGUAAACUGGAGACUGUGAGACUUUCAGACUGCAGUAUAACAGAGGAAGGAUACGCUGCUCUGGCUGAAGCUCUGAAAUCAUCACACCUGAUAGAGCUGGAUCUCAGAGGGAACGACCCUGGAGCAUCAGGAGUGAAGCUGCUCACUGAUGUACUACAGGAUCCACACUGUACACUGAAGACACUGAGGUUGUUGAAAAGUCGUGCUGCACAGGAAGGCUAUGAGUUACUUUAUAGAGUUCUGAAUAAGAACCCCUUGCUGCAGAGAGAACUCGAUGUGAGUGAGAAAAUAAACGGAGACUCUGAGGUGAAGCAGCUCUCUGCUCUACUGCAGGAUUCACACUGCAGGCCUGAGAUACUCAAGGUAAAUAACGUCAGGAUGAGAAAUGAAGGUUGUGCAGCUCUGGCAUCAGCGCUGAGUUUAAACCCCUCACACCUGAGACAGCUGGAGCUGAGUGGGAAUACACUGGGAGGAUCAGGAAUGAAGGAGCUCUGUGGUGUGCUGAAGAAUCAACAAUUCAAACUGCUGAAACUGGGGUUGUGUAAGUGCAGUCUCACUGAGGAAGAUUGUGCUGCUGUUGUAUCAGCUCUGAGAACAAACCCCUCACUCCUCAAGGAGCUGGACCUGAGUGAGAACACAAUUGGAAACACAGGAGUGAAGGAGUUCUCGGAUCUACUGCAGAACCCAAACUGCACUCUGGAGAUACUGAAACUGAGUAAAUGUAGUCUCACCCAAACACAAUGUGGAGACCUGGCUAAGGCUCUGGAAUGUAACUCCUCAUCACAUCUGAAAGAGCUGGACCUCAGAGGGAACUACAGUGUGUCAAGAUGGAAUAUUUUUAGUUAUUUUCUAGGGAAUUCAAACUCUAAACUGAUUGUGAGAAUCUUGGGUCCUGAAGCAGAAAAGGCCUGUGAUUUUCUGACUGAAGUUCUGGGUACAAACCCCUUACUGCAGAGAGAACUGGAUCUGAGUGGGAAAAUAUCCGGAGACUCAGAGGUGCAGCAGCUCUCUGUUCUACUGAAGGAUCGGCAGUGUAGAACUGAGAAACUCAGGCUGAGUAAGAGCGGUAUUACAGAGAGAGGCUGUACUGAUCUGAUAUCAGCUCUUACUGCAAACCCUUCACACCUGACAGAGCUGGACCUGAGUGAGAACACACUGGGAAAUCCAGGAGUGGAGAAGAUCUCUACUCUACUAAAGAGUUCAUCCUGCAAACUCCAGAAGCUUGUACUUUCAGACUGUAAUAUAACAGAGAAAGGAUACACUGCUCUGGCUAAAGCUCUGAAGUCAAACCGCUCAUCACACCUGAUAAACCUGGACCUCAGAGGGAACGACCCUGGAGACUCAGGAAUGAAGGAGAUUAGGAGUUUGAUGAAUGAUACAGAAUGUAAACUGACACUGAGGUUGCUGAAAAGUCCUGAUGCACAGAAAGCUUAUGAUCAUCUGAGUGAAGUUCUGGGUCUAAACCCGAUACUGCAGACGGAUCUGGAUCUGAGUGGGAAAAUAGAAGGAGACUCAGGAGUAGAGCAACUCUCUGCUUUACUGAAGGAUCCACACUGCAGACCUGAAAAACUUCAGCUCAGUGAGUGUAAUCUGACAGAGAAAGGAUGUUCAGCUCUGCUCACAGCUCUCAGAUCAGAAUCCUCCACCCUGAGGGAGCUGAAUCUGAGUAAGAACAGGAUUCAGGAUUCAGGAGUGAAGCUGCUCUCUGCAGAACUGAAGAAUAAAGACUGUAAACUGGAGACUGUGAGACUUUCAGACUGCAGAAUAACAGAGGAAGGAUACGCUGCUCUGGCUGAAGCUCUGAAAUCAUCACACCUGAUAGAGCUGGAUCUCAGAGGGAACGACCCUGGAGCAUCAGGAGUGAAGCUGCUCACUGAUGUACUACAGGAUCCACACUGUACACUGAAGACACUGAGUUUGUUGAAAAGUCCUGCUGCACAAGAGGCCUGUACCUGGCUAGAUUUAGUUUUAGGUAAAAAUUCUUUACUCCAGAAAGAGCUGGAUCUGAGCAUGAAGGAAACAGGAGAUUUGGUAGUGGAGAAGCUCUCGGCUCUACUGGAAGACUCACAUUGUAAAUUUCAGAAAAUUAGGCUGAAUAAAUGUAAUCUGACUGAGGAGAGCUGUUCAGCUUUAGCCAGCGUUCUCAACUUAAAGUCCUGUAGUGUGAGAGAGCUGGACCUGAGCAACAACAGUCUGCAGGAUUCAGGAGUCACUCGGCUUUCUGCUGGACUGAAGAGUCCUCAGUGUAAACUGGAGAUUCUGACGCUUAGCAUGUGUGGUUUAUUGGAGGAAAGCUGUUCAGCUCUAGCUGAAGUUCUAAAGUAUUCCCAGCUGAGAGAGCUGGACCUGAGCAACAACAGUCUGCAGGAUUCAGGAGUCACUCGGCUUUCUGCUGGACUGAACAGUCCUCAGUGUAAACUGGAGAUUCUGAGGCUCAAAACAUGUCUCAUAACUGCUGGAAGCUGUUCAGCUCUUGCGGAAGUUCUCAGCUCUGAGUAUUCCCAGCUGAGAGAGCUGGACCUGAGCAACAACAGUCUGCAGGAUUCAGGAGUCACUCAGCUUUCUGCUGGACUGAAGACUCCACAGUCUCGACUCACAAUAAUCAGACUGUGUAACUGCAGUGUAGAAGCUGAAGGCUGUGCUGCUUUGGCUACAGCUCUGGAAGAAAACCCCUCACAUCUCUUGGAGCUGGAUCUGAGCGAGAAUAAAGCAGGAGACUCGGGAAUGAAGCAGAUCUCUAAUCUACUACAGAAUUCACUCUGUGUAUUACAAAAACUCAAUGUAACUGACAAUAAUAUAACAGAGGAAGGAUACGCUGCUCUGGCUGAAGCUCUGAAAUCAUCACACCUGAUAGAGCUGGAUCUCAGAGGGAACGACCCUGGAGCAUCAGGAGUGAAGCUGCUCACUGAUGUACUACAGGAUCCACACUGUACACUGGAGACACUGAGGUUGUUGAAAAGUCCUGCUGCACAGGAAGGCUAUGAGUUACUUUAUAGAGUUCUGAAUAAGAACCCCUUGCUGCAGAGAGAACUCGAUGUGAGUGAGAAAAUAAACGGAGACUCUGAGGUGAAGCAGCUCUCUGCUCUACUGCAGGAUUCACACUGCAGGCCUGAGAUACUCAAGUUCUGUAAGUGCAGUCUCACUGAGGAAGAUUGUGCUGCUGUUGUAUCAGCUCUGAGAACAAACCCCUCACUCCUCAAGGAGCUGGACCUGAGUGAGAACACAAUUGGAAACACAGGAGUGAAGGAGUUCUCGGAUCUACUGCAGAACCCAAACUGCACUCUGGAGAUACUGAAACUGAGUAAAUGUAGUCUCACCCAAACACAAUGUGGAGACCUGGCUAAGGCUCUGGAAUGUAACUCCUCAUCACAUCUGAAAGAGCUGGACCUCAGAGGGAACUACAGUGUGUCAAGAUGGAAUAUUUUUAGUUAUUUUCUAGGGAAUUCAAACUCUAAACUGAUUGUGAGAAUCUUGAGUCCUGAAGCAGAAAAGGCCUGUGAUUUUCUGACUGAAGUUCUGGGUACAAACCCCUUACUGCAGAGAGAACUGGAUCUGAGUGGGAAAAUAUCGGGAGACUCAGAGGUGAAGCAGCUCUCUGUUCUACUGAAGGAUCGGCAGUGUAGAACUGAGAAACUCAGGCUGAGUAAGAGCGGUAUUACAGAGAGAGGCUGUACUGAUCUGAUAUCAGCUCUUACUGCAAACCCUUCACACCUGACAGAGCUGGACCUGAGUGAGAACACACUGGGAAAUCCAGGAGUGGAGAAGAUCUCUACUCUACUAAAGAGUUCAUCCUGCAAACUCCAGAAGCUUGUACUUUCAGACUGUAAUAUAACAGAGAAAGGAUACACUGCUCUGACUAAAGCUCUGAAGUCAAACCGCUCAUCACACCUGAUGAACCUGGACCUCAGAGGGAACGACCCUGGAGACUCAGGAAUGAAGGAGAUUAGGAGUUUGAUGAAUGAUACAGAAUGUAAACUGACACUGAGGUUGCUGAAAAGUCCUGAUGCACAGAAAGCUUAUGAUCAUCUGAGUGAAGUUCUGGGUAUAAACCCGAUACUGCAGACGGAUCUGGAUCUGAGUGGGAAAAUAGAAGGAGACUCAGGAGUAGAGCAACUCUCUGCUUUACUGAAGGAUCCACACUGCAGACCUGAAAAACUUCAACUUUCAGACUGCAGAAUAACAGAGGAAGGAUACGCUGCUCUGGCUGAAGCUCUGAAAUCAUCACACCUGAUAGAGCUGGAUCUCAGAGGGAACGACCCUGGAGCAUCAGGAGUGAAGCUGCUCACUGAUGUACUACAGGAUCCACACUGUACACUGAAGACACUGAGGUUGUUGAAAAGUCGUGCUGCACAGGAAGGCUAUGAGUUACUUUAUAGAGUUCUGAAUAUGAACCCCUUGCUGCAGAGAGAACUCGAUGUGAGUGAGAAAAUAAACGGAGACUCUGAGGUGAAGCAGCUCUCUGCUCUACUGCAGGAUUCACACUGCAGACCUGAGAUACUCAAGGUAAAUAACGUCAGGAUGAGAAAUGAAGGUUGUGCUGCUCUGGCAUCAGCGCUGAGUUUAAACCCCUCACACCUGAGACAGCUGGAGCUGAGUGGGAAUACACUGAGAGGAUCAGGAAUGAAGGAGCUCUGUGGUGUGCUGAAGAAUCAACAAUUCAAACUGCUGAAACUGGGGUUGUGUAAGUGCAGUCUCACUGAGGAAGAUUGUGCUGCUGUUGUAUCAGCUCUGAGAACAAACCCCUCACUCCUCAAGGAGCUGGACCUGAGUGAGAACACAAUUGGAAACACAGGAGUGAAGGAGUUCUCGGAUCUACUGCAGAACCCAAACUGCACUCUGGAGAAACUGAAACUGAGUAAAUGUAGUCUCACCCAAACACAAUGUGGAGACCUGGCUAAGGCUCUGGAAUGUAACUCCUCAUCACAUCUGAAAGAGCUGGACCUCAGAGGGAACUACAGUGUGUCAAGAUGGAAUAUUUUUAGUUAUUUUCUAGGGAAUUCAAACUCUAAACUGAUUGUGAGAAUCUUGGGUCCUGAAGCAGAAAAGGCCUGUGAUUUUCUGACUGAAGUUCUGGGUACAAACCCCUUACUGCAGAGAGAACUGGAUCUGAGUGGGAAAAUAUCGGGAGACUCAGAGGUGCAGCAGCUCUCUGUUCUACUGAAGGAUCUGCAGUGUAGAACUGAGAAACUCAGGCUGAGUAAGAGCGGUAUUACAGAGAGAGGCUGUACUGAUCUGAUAUCAGCUCUUACUGCAAACCCUUCACACCUGACAGAGCUGGACCUGAGUGAGAACACACUGGGAAAUCCAGGAGUGGAGAAGAUCUCUACUCUACUAAAGAGUUCAUCCUGCAAACUCCAGAAGCUUGUACUUUCAGACUGUAAUAUAACAGAGAAAGGAUACACUGCUCUGACUAAAGCUCUGAAGUCAAACCGCUCAUCACACCUGAUAAACCUGGACCUCAGAGGGAACGACCCUGGAGACUCAGGAAUGACGGAGAUUAGGAGUUUGAUGAAUGAUACAGAAUGUAAACUGACACUGAGGUUGCUGAAAAGUCCUGAUGCACAGAAAGCUUAUGAUCAUCUGAGUGAAGUUCUGGGUAUAAACCCGAUACUGCAGACGGAUCUGGAUCUGAGUGGGAAAAUAGAAGGAGACUCAGGAGUAGAGCAACUCUCUGCUUUACUGAAGGAUCCACACUGCAGACCUGAAAAACUUCAGCUCAGUGAGUGUAAUCUGACAGAGAAAGGAUGUUCAGCUCUGCUCACAGCUCUCAGAUCAGAAUCCUCCACCCUGAGGGAGCUGAAUCUGAGUAAGAACAGGAUUCAGGAUUCAGGAGUGAAGCUGCUCUCUGCAGUACUGAAGAAUAAAGACUGUAAACUGGAGACUGUGAGACUUUCAGACUGCAGAAUAACAGAGGAAGGAUACAGCGCUCUGGCUGAAGCUCUGAAACUGAACUCCUCAUCAUGCCUGAAAGAGCUGGAUCUCAGAGGGAACGACCCUGGAGCAUCAGGAGUGAAACUACUCACUGAUUACAAAGCUAACAAACGGACACUGAGGUUGUGGAAAAGUGCUGAUGCAGAGGAAGCCUACACGUGUCUUACUGACAUUUUCAGAAGAAACCCCUUACUGCACACGGAGCUGGAUCUGAGAUACAAGACACCUAAACACGUCAAAGUGAAGCAUCUCUCGGCUCUGCUGCAGGAUCCACAUUACAGACUGCAGAAACUCACGUUGUAUAAAGAAGGCAGUAUUACAGAAGAUGACUGUUCACAUCUGACUUCUGCUCUGGUUUUAAAUCCUUCACACCUGAGAGAGUUGGAUCUAAACAGGAAUAAAGCAGGAGAGUCUGGAGUGAGAAAUCUGUGUGACUUCCUGAAGAAUCCUAAAUGUAACCUGCAGAAACUAAAAUUAUGUAACAGUGUAAAUGGGAAAUCCUGCACUGAUUUGGCUUCAGCUCUCUGUACAAAUCCAUCACACAUCAGAGAGCUGGAUCUGAGUGAGAGUGAACUAGGAGACUCAGGAGUGGAGAAGCUCUGUGAUCUACUGAAGAAACACGAGUGUAAACUGGAGACACUGAUGUUAAAGAAGUGCAGUAUAACAGAUAGAGGCUGUGCUUCUCUGACUGCAGCUCUGAGGUCAAACUCCUCACAUCUGAAAGAGCUGGAUCUGAGAGAGAAUCAACUAAAAGAUUCAGACACAAAGCAGCUCUCUGAGAUACUGAAGAGUUCAGGAGGAAAGCUGAUAUAUGAUCAGAGUACAUGGAGGAUAGUGAAAGGUCUUGGUUCUGCUGUCACAAGUUUAUUGCCUGGAAGGUCUGGUCAACAGUCAUCUUUAGAACCGUCGUCUACACGGCAGCAUGACCAAACAGAAGGAAAUAUGGAACACACAGAACAGGGAGGAAGCAGUGUGGACAGUGUCUACAGCCAGCCAAACCAGGGCAGAAGUGGGAAACAAAACAAAAGUAUUCACAGGGGAAAGUAACAGCAGUAGUCCACAGAAGCAACAAAACCAAGGCUACACAAGCUCUCACACCUCUAAACCUCAAAACAAACUAAUAUAAAUAUAUAAUAUAAAUAAGAUCAAACCUGAACAAAAAGAAAGUGGGAAUCAUAGCUGUACAGAUAAAGAAUUCCUCCAGGAGUUAAAUAUGUAGUACAAGUGUAUUGAACAGACGAGGCUGAUGAGCGUUUACUUCACAAGCUAGUAAAGAUUUAACCGUCAUUUAAAUACUGUGUGUGUGUGUGUGUGUGAGAUUGGGUGUGUGUGUUUGUGUGUGUGCACGUGUGUGUGAUUCGGUGCAGGUGUCCGUGAUCAGAACUCAGGAGAAGGUGCGCGUGCAUGUGUAUGGGAAGUGUAGUCCUCGUCAGCCAUGUUUGUAGUUUGCGUUGCAUUCUGGGAACUGUAGUUGCUCGUUCGCUGCGCUGUGACUAUGAACAUGUAGCUGAUGUAAAAUUCCUGAUGUAAAAUAGCCAAUACUUCCUUGUUUAAAAUGUCUUGGUUUACUGUGCUGUUUGUCAGAAUUAUUCAAGUAUUUAAAACAUCAUACAUUCAAUUGCAAACCUGUGCAUCUUUUACAGUAAACAUACAGUAAGGAGAGACGAGUGUACAUUACAGUCAUGAUACAUUAAACUCAAAUAGCAAGUUAUUGAUUUCAAGAGGUUUUCUUGACCUCUGUCCUGUAAUACUCAGUAAGCAUUUCAGGGGAUAAGUUACUUUUCCAAUGUGACUUGGUUCUUCUCGAUAAUAUUAAUGUUAGCAUUAGCAUAGUUUCAUCAUUUUAGCUUACCUUCUGUAAGCCACGUCGGUACAGUAUUGGCUACCAGUUAGCAGUUAGCUAGUUGCUUUUUUCACCGUCAUACAUGGGAGAUGAUGGAGAGAUUUACCAUGGUGCUCAAGCAACUGUUUCAUAAAAGUUGUAGUGCUGAAAAAAGACACAGUUUUGUUAUGUUAUUUACCUUGUUAUAGUAAGCCCUACAAACUGUGCAAAAAUCCUCCAGUACAGAAGAGUAUAAAUCAACCCAGGGAAACGUUUCCAUGAGGGAAUAAGGCUUCAAACUCCUUUAGCCCCAUUCUCCCAUUUCACCAACAUUUUGCUGCACACCUCUCUCUACAGGUGUCUGGACUGGACAUCCAACUGUAUUAUUUUAUUUUUUGCAUUGCCAGAAGUUAAACAUUCUAGUGAAUCGAAUCGGCAUCAAUUAUAUUGUUCAAUUAAUAGAUCUGGUCCCUGCCGAAACAUGUAUUUGUCCAAUUGGGAGAUUGGGAAGAGAUUUUCAUUUUGCUGUCCUGAUGUAGUGUUUUCCUUGCCCUGGGCAUUCGGACAGUCAUUAAUGCUGAACCCUGAAGUCUAUGGAGGACUCGUACUUCCUGUGAGUCUGUACUGCUGGACCAGGGGCUUCAAUACCAUGCACUCUGUAUCCUAUUUACAGCUCUAAUAAGUAUGUGUACAUGUGUUAUUAAUAUGUAUAUGUACUCGAUAUGGAGGUUUAUUUAUGUAACCAGAUGAAGGAGUGAACAAUGUGUGUUGAAUAAAAUAAAUAGUGACA